AUGCCUGCGUCAGCUGCUAGGGGUGCGGUGAGUCGCCUCUCGUCGCUCUGUACACCUUCCUCUUCCACAGCCGUCAGCGCCAUCGCACCGCGCCGUUCCAUCACAUCGGCAGCCACAAGCACUUCAACUAUCCCCGCUUCGGCUCGCUCUCUCGUCAGUUGGUCUCGUGCUUCCAACAACGCUCCUCACUCUUGCAGCUCGUGCGGCUCUCAGCUGUCGUCUUUCUCCACUUCGAAACGGUCGUUUUCAUCCUCGGUUGUCCGCUCUGCAUCCACCAAAGACCCGUAUUCGGUUCUCGGGGUCAAGAAAGACGCUGAUGCCAAGGACAUCAAACGUGCCUACUACGGUCUUGCCAAGAAAUAUCAUCCAGACACCAACAAGGACAAGGGCUCAAAAGAGCGUUUUGUCGAAAUCCAAAACGCCUACGACCUGCUCAGUGAUGAUAAAAAAAGAGCUGCUUACGAUCAAUACGGAACGACAGAUGGUCAGCCCGGUUUCGACCCUUUCGGCGGUGGAGGUUCGUCUCCGUUCGGCGCCGGCGGUUUUGGUGGAUUCCAAGACUUUGGCGGCUUCUCUAACGCAGGAAAUGCUGGCUCCAUCUUUGAGAGUCUCUUUGGCGCCUUUGGUGGUGGAGGUCGACCCGGGGCUCAGCGUGGGCCCGGCUUCGGCGGUGCAGGGUUUGCGGGCGAAGCACGAGGAGAAGAUCUCGAGACCACCAUCAACCUCACCUUUGAAGAAGCCUGCAAGGGCACCAAGCGCAAGGUCGUCAUCAACCCCAUCGAACCAUGCGGCACCUGUACCGGCUCCGGUCUCAAACCUGGCGCCAAGAAGAGCACCUGUGCUACCUGCAACGGCACAGGCACGCGCACGUUUGUCAUCCAGAGCGGCUUCCAGAUGGCUACCACUUGUCCAUCUUGCGGAGGUGCAGGCUCAACAGUUGCACCAGGCGACAAUUGCAACACUUGUGACGGCAUCGGCAGAGUACGUGGACGCAAGGAAGUUCAAAUCGAUCUUCCAGCAGGUGUCGAUGAUGGCUUCCGCAUCCGUAAGGAUGGCUUCGGUGAUGUUCCACUCUCUGGCACUGGCACACCCGGCUCUCUGUAUGUUCGCAUAAAUGUGGCACCUAGCCGCAUCUGGAGGCGUCAAGGCUCCACGCUCUUCUACCCCGCCACGAUCCCAUUCCACACGGCUAUUCUCGGCGGCAAGGUGCGCGUGCCUACGCUCGACGGACCCGUCGAGGUGCGUGUACCAGCAGGCACGCAAGUGGGUGAGGAGAUGAUCCUACCCGGCCGUGGUGUGCCGUCGCCAACACGACGUGGUCAAAAAGGGGACUUGAUGGUGCAGUUCGAGGUCAGCAUGCCACGCUCGCUCACUAAGCGACAGCGAGAGAUUUUGCAACAGUAUGCCGAUGAGGUAGAGGGUCGUUCGCCGGCGACAUCAUCACCACCACCACCACCAGCGUCAGAUGAUAGCCCUUCAUCAAGCAAGCCUUCAAAGGCUUCUUCAGGUACUUCUUCCACCUCUACAAAGGACAACUCCCAGUCGAGGCCGUCGACAUCCUCCUCUGCUGCCUCGUCGUCUAGCGCCAAGACCUCUUCGGCUCCCUCUGACAAUGCGCAGGCAGCGUCGACGAAAGCAUCGACGAAAAAAACUUCUGCAGGUAGGUUUUCGAUCCACCCUUCCUCUCGCUCUGACGACACAAGCAAUCUCGAUGGAAUCUCUGGGGCAACGACAAACUCUAGUGCCAGGAGAGCGACUCCAGACCCGGCCAGGCCCGCCUCUAGCCAUCCGCAAGCAUCCACCCCCUCUGCCGCUGAAUCCUCUACACAGGAGCAUCAGAAAGGGUUUCUGGGUCGGGCGUGGGACUGGAUGACAAGUCGCAAGUGA